CAAGCCACAUACAGCGUUUGUGUUAUAAACAGCCAUACGACAACACCGUAUAUAUAGACACACAAAACGUGUUUUCUUCAACGCGCUUUAAUUGAAAAAUCUUCAUUAAUUUUUCACGAUUCAGUUUGCUAGCAACUGUCCACAGAGUAAGCACGCAACACAAAAGCGAAAACAAAACAAAGGAAAUCAAGCAACAUUUCAAAUUUUUCAAGACGAAAAAGUAAGAUCGCUGCAUCAAAUCGAGAGAAAAUUCUUUAACAAUAUUCGUUUGAUUGAUCAAUUGAAAUUAAGCGAGAAGAAUAAUAAAAGAGUAAAAGACAGAGAAAAAAGAGUGCUAAAAAAGUUUUAACACGAAAUCGUGCGCAACAGUUUUUUUUUUAAAUUAAUCAUUUUUUUUUCUCCGAAUCGAGUGAAACAAAAACAGUUCUCAUCAAAGUUGUUAUUUCAUUAAUCAAAUUUGCAUCAGUUGAAUAAUUAUCGUUGCCGACAAGAAUAUUAUCUGACAAAAGAAUACAUAAAGGAAGAUAAAGUACGAGAAAAAAAUGCAUAUUCAUCCAAGUUCACCGAGUUCUUCGAUAUCUGAAGAAGAUGCAGCAAUUAAAAUUCAAGCUGGUUUUCGGGGAUAUCGUGUACGAAAACAACUGAAACAAUGCAAUGGAAAUUUGGCAUCGGGACAAUCAAAUCAACGCAAUGCAAACAAUGCAUGUGUCUAUCGAAACGAUCGCAGCGAAGAGUUGAAUGGCCAACGUUACAAGUCUAGUAAGCAAUUGGAUAAAGAAAAAUGUGCAACAAAAAUUCAAGCUGGCAUUCGUGGAUUUUUGGUGCGAAAAAAGCAAAAAGUGGCAUCCGAUGCGGCUAUCAAAAUUCAGGCUGGUUUUCGUGGUUUCCGUGCUCGCAAACAAUUGAAAAGUCUGAGAGAAUGAUGGUGGUGGCGUCAUUCGAAACCAAAUAUCUAACCUAAACAUAAAGUGAGAGAGAACAAUCAACAACAAAAUUAAAAUAUUACACAAAAAUCGUUCAUUUCUCCUCCAACGAUAAAUAAAUUAUACUUUUUUUUUGUGA